UUAAUUUGAAAUGAGCAUUUUCUCUUUUAACAGAUGGUUAUGGGUUGAAUGGCAGAAGAAAGGGUGUUUGGAAGGGCAUUAUUUUUUAUGUAACUGUGUGAGACAGAAUGGAUGCAGGUAUAACGUUCUGUGAGAUUGCCUUAGAUGACCUGGAGUUCUAUGAGAGAUGUGGAGGGGGCUCAUUUGGCAGUGUGUACCGAGCUAAAUGGAAGUCAGAAAACAUCAUCGUGGCUGUGAAAAAGUUACUUGUAUUAGACAAAGAGGCCCAUGUACUAAGCUUGCUUAGUCACAGAAACAUCAUACAGUUCUAUGGAGCAGUUAUGGAGGAACCCAACUACUGCCUCGUCACAGAGUUUGCUGAGAAGGGAUCACUCUAUGAUUACCUUCAAAAUCCCAAUAAUCCCAUGGACUUUCAGCAUAUUCUGACCUGGGCAAGGGAGAUAGCCCAAGGCAUGAAUUACUUGCAUAAUGAGGCACCAACCAAAAUCAUCCACAGAGAUCUCAAGUCAAAGAAUGUUGUCAUCUCUGUCCAGAAUGUUUGUAAGAUAUGUGACUUUGGAGCAUCCAGAUUUAUGGGGAGUACGACCAAAAUGUCUCUAGCUGGAACUUUCCCAUGGAUGGCACCUGAGGUGAUACAGAGUCAGCCCGUGUCUGAUGCUUGUGACACCUGGUCCUAUGGGGUGGUUUUGUGGGAGCUGCUCACCCAUGAAGUGCCAUACAGGGGGAUAGAGGGCUUCCAAGUGGCCUGGCUGGUGGUAGAGAAAGGGGAGAGGUUAACCAUACCCAGCACUUGUCCGCCAUGUUUUGCCAAGUUGAUGCAGCAGUGCUGGCACACCGACCCCAAACUACGACCUAACUUCAAGGAUAUCUUGCUGACCUUACACACAAUGCUUAGUGAUGAUUUGCUGCCUGAUCAAACAAACUCAUUCUUGGAGCACAGGGAAGUUUGGAGAAAAGAAAUUCAGGCUACGCUAGAAAGACUGAAGAGAGCUGAGAGUAAUUUAACGGCCAAAGAACGAGAAUUAAUGGAGCGAGAGAUAAAACUGAUAGAAAGGGAGAAGACUCUUGAGCAGCAGUUUAAAACAGUGCAUUUGGACUCUUAUGAUGUGAAUACGUGGAGUGAGAUUGAUGUGUAUCAGUGGAUAAAGCAGAUGGAAAAUGGCCAUUCCAGUGACUUGGCCCAGUAUGCAGACAUUUUCCUCCAACACAACAUCACGGGCAAGCGGUUACUGAUGCUGACUCUGGACCGCAUUCACGCCAUGGGCAUCACCUCCACUGGCCACAGCAUGGAGCUCAUAACAGAAAUUGAACUAUUGAAAGCUCACAAUCACAGGCUGCUGAAUUUUCCACCUCUGUCCAAGACUUUAGAAACGCCCAAAGACAAAUCCCCCGUGCAUCGACAGAUCACUGUCACUCUCAUCUUUGGACAUCACUUGAGGCAGGGCAAGGGUCCAGAGGAUCACAAAUGGAAGAUGUACAUGGAGCUGGACACCGACGACGAUGAGGAGGAUGUUCAACCUUUGACCUUCAUCAAGGACGUGGAGUUUGAGAGCGCGCUCUUCGGAACCUUCCUUAUCACUCAUCCCCCAUUUAUUAUGGAGAAGUGGUGCACCGGCAUUGUAGCAGAUAUGAAAAUUGAUUGUACCGUACGCUUUGAAUCGUCAGUGAGGAAGCCGAAAAGCAUCAAGUACACACACAACCUUGACCCCAAUGUCACGACCUCGGGGCAGAAGGUCGUGACACUGGUCCUUCAACAGAUCAGUCAAGGACAGGCGGACACAUCUCCCGCGGUCAUCCACGGUCCUCUAACCCUGACCACUCCUCCUCGUCCCCCUCAACAAACCUUUGCCUCACGGCUACAGGGCGACUGGCUGAAGAGGGAGUUUCAAAAUACCCCGGUGCCAAACGUACCGGCAGCGAAAGCUCCGGAUAUUUGGUCCGGUGUGGUGUCUGGCAGGAAGCCCUCCCUCCCGUCCUCCCCCGUCUCAUUCAGCGUGAAGCCGAUCCCCGGGACCCAGCAGGUCCUCUACUCCUCCGCAACCAAACCUUUCUCUCACUCAAUGACCUCCCCCGCUAAUCUGGUCAGCGGUGGCGGCGGCGGCGGAUCUCUCCACCCGUCUCCGGUCCGUAUGUCAUCCACAGGAUCAUCACAAACUAGCCCCGGGCAGCUCUCCUCGGGGUACAACUCGACGUCCGAAUCCCCGCACCCUAACCGGUCCCCGUGGCGAUUCAGCCCCCGGGGUUACAGAGGAGGAAGUGGGGUGGCGGAGUCACAGUCCAACUUGUCCGAUCUGACGGAAGCCAGGGUGACUUUUAACCUCGAGGGCUCGGAGUCUUCUAACAGUACGGAAGCCAAUAGCGCCGAGAGCGGAUUCAGCGAACAUAAAGUGGAGAAAACGUACGCGUCCGUGUGUAGCAGCUGUCAGGGCGAAAUGAAACCAAAGCAUCAGUCGCCGCUAAACACCGCGACGAGAUCACGUCACCAUAGCGACGGGGGAAUUCCGUCUCGGGCCGCCGCUCACAGGCACGGGCGUGAUAUAGAAAGCGAGGGGGGUAGGUAUCACAGGGGGAGGGGGCAUUAUAGAGGUCAAGGUGACACGAGACACGAAGGUCAUUACGACCGGGGGAAAUAUUCUAGGCGGUACUCAGAUCGAGGCGGGAUUCACCACGAUUUAAAAAGAGAGGAGAGAUACUACAGGGAGAGAAGCAAUUCCGCCGGGCGUGAUGGACAGUUUAUGGGUCAGAAUAAGCGCGGGAAUUACGAACGGCGACCAUUUUCAACGGGAAGCAGGGGUACAGGAAGGGGUCGACCGUACAGGGGUGGGGCUCACGACACCAGGAGACAGGGUGGGGAGGAUUUUCAGAGAAGUUUCAGUGACCCCAGAGCAAGGACAGAAAGUCUGGGUGUUCCCGAACACGAUCGCAAUGUUAACAGUGACGGUGGUGGGCGGGGCUAUAGGAGGGGUGGGUGGGGUAGAGAGGCCACAGACGGGGAUGGUGCGCGGGGGAGGGUCAGUAGAGGGGGAGGGGGGUUCACACGGCGUGGAUCGGUACCCAGGGGAAAAUUCGAUAGAUGAUAAAUAUUUUUUUGAUAGAUGAUACAUGCAUUUAUUGAACAACUUCUUGAAAGAUGAAAUAAGAAUUUUUUUUCCUCCUCUAAUUUGUCGAGAGAGGAAAAUAAAUGUUUAUAUCGGAGAUAAGAUUGAUGUGGUACAUGUAUACACAACCACGGACGCCCGAGUGAUAACGGAUAACAGUAUCAUCAUGUAGACACUAAAUCAAUGUCAGGGGAUGUGAAGAAAAUCACAGAGACUGUUCGCCCUCCCUAUCUAGUCGCUUAUAUCUUCUACACUCUCGUCAAUGUUUAAUUUUUUUCCUGUGAAGUCAUUGGAUGCUACAAACUUAUAUAAAAUAAUGUACAUGUAUUAAUUAAAACGUUCAUAAGUUUUAUUUACCUUGAAUAGACAAUGUAUUAAUAGAUUAAAGUUUAAGUGUUCAAUACUUUGACCAAGGAUUUCUAUAGUUAACGUCAAGAAAAUGACUGUUUAACGUCAAAAAAAUGUAUGGCUUUUUUGUAUAUUUUUUCUAGACCAAUUCCUUUGAAUAGGGAAUUGAUUACAUAUUAUUGUGCAUUUAUUGACGACUAUUUAUUGAUUUAUUCUUGAACAACGACAUUUUUAAUGAAUGUUCACUUUGCACAAAACAAAUAUUUUAUAGUUUAUAGAUACUCUCAAAUAUCUUUAAUCACUGAAUCGGGGUAUUAGAUGAGGUAAAAUUUAUUUAAUUGAUAAUCACGAUCACAAUCGCUUUGUUCAAUUGCCAUGACAAUUGAUUCAUAUAUAUUAAAUAUAUUAAAUUAUGAAUUACAUACAUGUACAAUGUAUAUUAUAGUACACAAUUUAUAACGAUUGUAAUAGAUGAAUUUUUAUAUAAAAACAAUUUAUUACAUGAUAUUUCUGAAAUGAGAUGUGUUCAAAUAUCGGCUUUCUCACUCUUGACAUCAUCAUUAUCGUUGUGACAGAAUACUAAUAUAAUAUACAGGGUAAUUUUCGCCCGGUGUAAUUUUCGCCCUACUACAUUUGCAAACAGCAAACAGUUUCGCUCCGUCUUGAAUUUCGCCAAGACAUAGAUGUGUUUUAAGAGAGAUAGUUGGAGACACCGUUGUUCGCUCAGUCUUAAAUUCGCCGGUUAACAAUUAACGAGGGCGAAAGGGGCGAAAAUAAACCGGGGGCGAAUAUUUCCCUGUAUACAGUAUUGAUAUCAUGAAAUAUACCAGCGGAACAGAUUGUUAAUUCAGUGUUCACUAAAUGCUUACUUGUGUCUCUUUUUUUUAAAGUUUUUUGACCUUUUUAAAAACUUUAAGGGGAACAAUUGAUGCAAUCAGUGUAUUGAUUUGGAUGCAAUACAGUACUGUAAAAUCAUUAAGUUCGUGGGGGCCAAAAAUUUUUCGUGGAUUGUCUAUUUUGUUAAGGUUCGUUGCGGUGAUUUUUGGUGGAUUCGGAGUUAUUUAUUGUGAAAAAACAAUGCAUGCGUUUAAUAUUUCUUUUGGGAUGUCGAAUUGCAAAAUUCUUGAAUGUUAAGCCAUCAAUAAUGUUAUUGAAUGAUUCCAUAGUUAGCUUGUAACAGUAUAAGUGAGUGCUCAUGCGCGGGUCUAAAGAGGGGAGGCAGGGGGAUCCCCCCUCCUGCAAAAUUCAGAUUAUUUUUAUGCCUCGGACCCCCCUCCCCCCGGCAAACACAAAGAACCUUCGAACCCUAACCCCCCCACCACCCCAAGGAAACAUUUUCUGGAUCCGCGCAUGGUGCUUGUUAUAUGGAAUGUAGUGAGAGAGUGCAAUACAACAUGUAUGUAUGCAAACAUUUUACCGAGAUGUUCCGUUAGACAUAGCUGUGAAUUUUCAAUUUCAAAACACCAUUGUUCUGUCUGAAUCAUAUCAACAACAACAAAAAUCUUCAAAAUUAGUAUUUCUUUUGCAUUGCACAUGUAUUGUCGUAUAAAGAAUAUUAAGAUCUUCAAGAUCGCUCUUUGUAAAGUUAUCAGGGAUCGUUUACUUAAAAUAAAAUACAUUGACUGUGAUAUUAA